AAUGGCAUAAUCUUGGGACUCAUCUACCUGGACCCCAGACUGCACACCCCUAUCUAUGUACUUCUUCCUCUCACACCUGGCUGUCCUUGACAUGUGCUAUGCGUCCAACAAUGUCCCCAAGAUGCUGGGGAACCUCAUGAGCCACAGGAGAACCAUUUCCUUUGGCCCAUGCAUAAUGCAGACAUUCUUGUACUUGGGCUUCGCUGCUACAGAGUGCCUCAUUUUGGUGGCAAUGUCUUAUGACCGGUAUGUGGCCAUCUGCCACCCCCUCCAUUACACUGUCAUCAUGAGCUGGAGAGUAUGCAUGGCCCUUGCUGCAACUUCCUGGUCAUUUGGAUUUACCCUUUCCAUGGUACAUGCAAUUCUCCUACUGAGGCUGCCCUUUUGUGGGCCCCAGGAAGUGAACCACCUCUUCUGUGAAAUCCUGGCUGUCCUCAAGCUGGCCUGUGCUGACACUUGGCUCAACCAAGUCGUCAUCCUGGCAGCCUGUGUUUUUGUCUUAGUCGGCCCCAUCUCCUUAAUGCUUGUCUCCUACAUGAACAUCCUCUGGGCCAUCCUGAAAAUCCAGUCCAAGCAGGGCCGCGUAAAGGCCUUCUCCACCCGUUCCUCCCACCUCUGUGUGGUUGGGCUCUUCUUUGGUAUAGCCAUGCUGGUUUAUAUGGCUCCAGACUCUAAUCAACGGGAGGAGCAGGAGAAGCUGUCACUGUUUCACAGUCUCUUUAACCCAGUGCUGAAUCCCAUCGUCUACAGGCUGCGGAACGCACAAGUGCAGGGCGCCUUCCACAGGGUUUUGCGGAAGAGCAGCACUGGAGGCACGAGUGGAUAAACUGUUGGCACAUUUGAGCCUUCCUCUAAAACAUGUGGAUUGCUGAAGGA